AUGUUAUUCUGUUCUGUUUGUGACGUGCAAAGAGAUCACAAAACGAAACUAUACCAUAGGUUUUCUAAUAAAAAGUCAGUGGGUCUUGUUAUGGGAUUUAUAACACCCGGUGUCAACUAUGUGUUCAAUAAGAAACGAAUAGGGAAGAAUAACAAGGCGACUAACAACUCAAUCCACCCAAAUGAAAACCGAGAUUUCAACAAACGAUAUCCUCAUUAUUUACAUAUGAGAGACAUCAGUGAUGUUCAUAUGUUGUACCAAAAAAUACUUUCUAUUUUGACUAAUAAGGACGCAAAAUUCAAAGAUAACCUUAGUUUAUUGCGAUCUAACAUUGAGAGAUAUGUUAUUUUGGUACAUGAAUUGGAGAUAACUGUGAAGAUCAAAAAUGUUUUUCCACUUCCGAAAGAAGAGGCCAUGAAUUUGUUGAAAACUAUCAUCAAAAUCCAAGGAAGGCAACUACUUCAUGGAGUACAGAAAAACAUGAGCUCAUAUGAAACCCCCCCUUUAGAGGCAACGUUUAACAAACAGUUAAACUUGAUAGAUGGUGGCUGUAUUCUUUUCAACAAAUAUCUUAACAAGCAAUUGACCAUUGAAUUGAAAAACCCUGAUUACUACAAGAAUAUUUAUGACAGUGACUACACAAGACCUGAAUUUUUUAAAACUGAAGAAGAUGUUCAAAAUAGCAUAUUAAGCGACAUGUUGAAUUCUGAGAGGAUAAAAUUGGUUGAUCUACCCGGAGAAAUAUUAGUGAAGAUACUAUCAGCUUCAAACAAUAUUGACAAUAUAGCUUUAACAUGUAAAUUUUUUCAGAGGUUUGUUUUGACACACAAGCAGUUUAUUUCUUAUGAAUUCAUUGUAAACAAAUAUGUUCACAGAUACAAGUUAGGUUUGGACUCAAACUCAGGAUACACUUUGCCAAUCUCAGAUGAACAUCAUCACUCCAAUUCACACAGACUUAAAGUCUCCGAAAUCGAAAGCCUGAAAGUACAGAACGAUAAUUAUCUGGGUAGUUCAGACUUUCGUGAAGAUGUUAAUGGGAACUAUUCCUUGACGAGGUAUAGAGAUCCCGACACAUUAACGGUGCUAUCGUCACACGCAUUCGAGACGCCAUAUUUGACGUACCAGAUAUAUAAGUCACUAGGCGUUGAUCAUGUUAUUCCACCUUCUGCAUGGCCUGACCUACAGGAGAAAUAUAACGAUGAACUUGCUAAACUGAGUGACGAUACCUGUGGAGAUGCUUCGAGAAAGGUGGAAAAAAAAGAGUUCAUCAAGCUGUGGAACGAGUUGCCAAUUGAUUGCCCCUACUUGGACGUAAACAAUCCGGAAGAUAUAGAAUAUUUGAAAAGCGAAGCUUAUGUGGAUAAGUUGCGUGUAAUAGUGGACUUGAUGAUAUCGAAGACCAGGUUCAAAAACAACAUUGAGGACUUGUUCCAUCUCAUAGUUUCCCUCGUGGUGAAAAUUGAGGAGAAUGUGGUUAAUGGCGUGGAACAUUCCAUCAUACCACCCCAAUUACUAAAGAACUACGCAGCAUAUUAUAUGUUGGAACAGCUGAUUGAAAGUGAUCCUAGCACUAUGGAGGAUGGGGAUGAGGUGAGCAACGAAAAUUUAUGGGGUCGGCUACAUUUCAAGAGCCCGUCAUUUUACAUCCUUUUGAAAAGCAGUGCCAAUGAAGAGCUUGAGGAUUUGCUAUGUCCGUUGUUCUUUGGCGAUCAUCUCAAAGAGGACACAAAUUUUUGGAUGGGAUUGAAAGUUAGAAACGAGAUAGAGUUAAUCGAAGAGUUGAUAAACGAUCAGGGCACCAGUCCCUCGACCUAUAUUUUGAACAUGCUUGCGUUUUAGUCCAGAUGACAAUGUAACUGAGGUAAACUACUAAAAAUUGCUUCAUUCUGUACACGCGUCUG